AUGAACUCCAAGAGCAGAGUGGGUGUGUCUAAGGGUGAUAAGAAGGGAGUUAGCCGUCAGCGCCCACCAAAAGAGGAGAGGCAAAAUGCCUCCAGUGGGGAUGCUGCAAGGAAGUCGUCUGUAGGACGCAGACCAGAGCAGGCACACCCCAAACGUGCCCAGGCGGCAAGCGGGCCUUCUGUACAGCAGAAAAUGCAAGUGACUACUGUUACCAGUUGGGUGAAGGGAGGUAGUUCACUUUCUUUUGCCGAUGUUGUACGGAAGAAGACGGAUACUGCGGCCAUGAAUAUGCAACUGGAAAAUUCUUACGAGGAGGCUGCAGAAGUUGUUUGUGGGGAAAGUGUUGCUGUAGAACUGGCGCAUGAUAUUCAAGAAGAUCCUAUUAAUGUUCCUCCCGAGAGCAAUGAGAACGAGGACAUUGCGUAUGUCACGAUGCAGCAGGAUGCUGCUAUUGUUCAAGCCAUUAUCCCUUCACCUCCUGAGGAAGAAGUGGAGGAAAUGCCUACUGUAAAUUACUACGUGCUUGACAUUGACAGAAUUGUUGAGGAGUCUGUGAAUUUGCCCCCUCGCACGAUGGCAACUGCAACGGAGUACAUGGGGGUUUACACCUUUUCGGGGCAGGCAGGUAAGCCCCCAACGCCUCCCGCGACGACGCAGCUUCAACAACAAUUUUAUCGUCCCGAGUCGGCAGCAGCUAGGGCAUUUGCUGGAAUGGGUGGAACCACCGAUCUCACUCGAGGCCAACAUUGGGGACCACAGCCAGGCCACGCAGUGGAUUAUACAAACGCAAACUGGUCACUCCCGGAUCGUGCUCCGCGCGUCUUCCACCAGGGGAUGCAAUACAGCUCGUAUGCACCACCGCCAUCAAUGCAGCAGCAACAAGCACAGAGGAAUUUUAUUCCACAAGCUGUCAACCGUAUUCUGCAAAACGAUUCUGCAGAUCCUUCACUGCGCCAUAUCCGCGACCCUGGAACAUUUAACCGCCAGCCAGGCAAUGGCGGGGACGUGUGGUGA